AUGUCCAUCAUUCUUAGCCUAGUGAUUACAUUUACAAUCGCAGUAGCUGGACAGACUGUACCUGGGCGAGCCUUUGAUCGUUUAAUCACAAUCUGGCUUGGACACGAAGAUUUUAACUCUUCCGUCAACAAUGCCGUAAUUAACAACUUGAGCUCGCAAGGCAUACUCCUCGAUGAAUAUUAUAGCCUCACGCAUCCAUCUCAACCUAACUAUGUUGGGAGCAUCGGCGGGGAUUACUUCGGUCUAGACCAUGAUAAUUUCACCAGGAUUCCUAGAAAUGUUUCAACGAUUGUAGAUUUGCUUGAUACAAAAAAUAUCGACUGGAGGGGCUACUUUGAAGACUCACCCGGACCUGGAUACAUGGGCCCAGAAAAUGUAAGAUCUGAUGGAAAAACUGACUAUGUUCGAAAACACAAUCCCUUUGUUCAAUAUGAUAGCAUUAACUUUAAUGGCACUCGUUUGUCACGGCUACUUUCUUUCCGAGAUUUUGAUCACGAACUUAAGGCCAACUCUUUGCCCCAGUAUAUCCAUAUUUCACCCAACGUUCUGAAUGAUGGCCACGAAACGACGUCAUUAUUUGCGCUAAACUGGACCGAUUUUUUUCUUGGACCACUUCUAAAAAAUACUGAACUUAUGAACCGCACCCUUAUUCUUCUGACCUACGAUGAGUCUAAAACCCCGAAUCAACCAAAUCGGGUCACAUCUCUACUGCUUGGCGGUGCCAUACCAGAAAAUCUGCGUAACACAACCGAUAGUACUCUUUAUACCCACUACUCUAUCAUUUCAACAGUGGAAAAUAAUUGGGAUCUACCGUGUCUUGGACGCUAUGACGUGGGAGCUAAUGUAUUUGAGCUCGUCGCUUCGCAAACGAAUUAUUCUAACAUUCCUUCUCCCAACUUGUCUCUUGUGAACAACUCCUUCUCCUAUCAUGGAUUUCUCAACUCAGACCCCGCAAAGCAUCUCCCUAUGCCCCCGCCCAAUCUAAAUCUCACUGGUGCUGGAGGCCAGGGUGUUGUCAAGGUUGUAAUGGAUUUCUGGAAGGAUACUGCUAAAAAUGACACACCAUAUGACGGCAGUGGCAGAUUAUUUGAUGGCGGUGAUGGUACAAAUAAUCAGCAGGCUCCGCAGUAUCAGGCACAAGACUCAAAUAUCCGAGGCCUAAAAAAAGGAGCUGCCGCAAAGUUUAACAAUAAAAAGUCUCUGGCAGCCCGAAAAAAUAAUUUGAAUAGCGAGGGCUUGUGUUUCUGGGUAAUUUUCGGCUUGAGCACCGGCCUAACUGCGGUAUUUAGCUUUAUUGUUUAA